CGCAGUAGAGAUAUCCGCCAUUUUGUUGAGAUAAACGCACAAAAUGGCGUCGAAUUUAACGGAUUUCAACAUUGGCCCCAUGGCGUACCCUUUGAAAAUGGUAUCGCAGGAGGUUGUGGAGCACAUGCUAGGAUGGAACAUUCCAGAAGAACACCAGGAAAUGGUGCACGAGCACUGGAGGAACUUCCCGGCGGUGAGCAAGUACUGGCAUUAUUGUCUGGCGCUCAUUUACACUAUGCUGAUGACCAUGUCCAUUACUGGGAAUGGUAUCGUAAUCUGGAUAUUUAGCACAUCAAAAUCGCUCCGGAGCGCGAGUAACAUGUUCGUGAUCAACCUAGCCAUCUUUGACAUGAUGAUGAUGAUGGAGAUGCCACUACUGAUCGUCAACUCCUUCUACCAGCGGUUGGUGGGCUACCAACUGGGAUGUGACAUCUACGCCGUGCUGGGCUCGCUGUCUGGCAUCGGCGGCGCUAUCACCAAUGCUGUCAUCGCUUUUGACAGAUAUAAAACGAUCUCCUCUCCACUGGAUGGUAGAAUCAACAAAGUUCAAGCGUCUCUCCUGAUUGUCUUUACAUGGCUGUGGGCGCUACCAUUCACCAUCCUACCAGCCUUGAAGAUAUGGGGGCGAUUCGUACCAGAGGGUUUCCUGACGACGUGCUCCUUCGACUACUUCACCGAUGACCAGGACACGAAGGUGUUUGUGGCCUGCAUCUUCGUCUGGAGCUACGCCAUCCCCAUGGCGCUCAUAUGCUACUUCUACUCGCAGCUCUUCGGUGCCGUCCGUCUCCACGAGCGCAUGCUAUCUGACCAAGCAAAGAAGAUGAACGUUAAGUCGCUAGCAGCCAACAAAGAGGACGCUAGCAAGUCCGUAGAGAUCCGCAUCGCCAAGGUCGCGUUCACCAUCUUCUUCCUAUUCGUGUGCGGGUGGACACCGUAUGCCUUCGUCGCCAUGACCGGGGCUUUCGGAGACAGGAAUAUACUGACGCCAGUAGCGACGAUGAUCCCGGCUGUCUGCUGCAAGAUCGUCUCCUGCAUAGACCCCUGGGUGUACGCCAUCAACCACCCUAGAUACAGGGCGGAACUGCAGAGGCGUCUUCCGUGGAUGGGUGUCCGCGAGGCCGAUCCUGACUCCGUCUCCAACAACACCAGCAUGGUCACUGCGCAGACGCAGCCAUCGGCUGAAGCUUGAACUACGUUCGAGUUGUA